AUUGUUUCUGAGUUAACGGUCUUGUCAGACAGACAAGCGAAGGAUUCUGUAUUUACCUUUUGCGGUAUGGAACCCUAAAGCAUAGUCUUGCAAAUGUAUGUCAAGACAGAGCGUAAUUAUCGAAAACUCAAAAUUCUAUUAUUUUUCUUAAUCUCACGGAUUAAUCUAAGCAACAUUGUAACUAUGUUAGAUAUAAGAUAUUUGACUAAAGUGCGUGACUCAAGAAAUGUUGUUUUAUUUUUGUACUUGAAGAAAGAAGACUGUUUAAUUGUAAGUUAGAUUUUAAAACCUUUACGUAUAUAAAGAAGUAAAUGACAACGUCAGACAAUUGUAAAAAAUAUAUACAUAUAGUUUACAUAAAAUAGAUAUUAUUCAUGAGAUCAUUAUUGGUCAUUCAUAGACUGUAACAAUGAAGCUGGAUAUUAUACGAAUAUUCAAAGUUGGUUGGAAAUUAAAUUAAAAAAUAAUAUUUUUAAAACAAAUUAAUUCAUCAUGAAAGAACUAAAAUUUUGUAACAAUUUUUAUUUAGAAAUCAUGACCAUAAACGAACUGUCGAACAAACACAGCUUUUUCGCUAUUACUCAAUCGUGACGUCACGUUAGUGUAUCAUUCAGUAUGGAACGUUUGGACGAGUACAAAAAUGUGUGAUUUUAUUUUUGUCAUUAUUUUGAAAGAAUUGUCAUUAUCACUUUUUCACUGGUGUUUCUAAUGAUAUAAGGGCCUUCGAAUAGUAAUCAACAAAAAAAAAAUUGUCAUCUGCCCUAUUAUGUAUAUAAAAAAGUGUGUAUAUUAGAGUGGGUUGUUGUAGACUGAAAAUGAUGACGAUAAAAAAUAUUUUACAUAAAUACAUACAGCAUGUAAGUUUUUAUUCAUAUUGUAUUUCAUAAAAUGAAGAUAGUGGAAGUACCUAUAUUAUAGUUGUGUAGAAUAGGAUGUUUGCCAAGGCCAAAGAAUUUAAAAAAUAUUUAUAUAAUCCAGAUAAAAAUUAUCUAUUGAAGAUCACAUAGCUGUAUGUACUGUACAUAACAGAAAUAAAUAUUUCUACUGGGUAUUUAUUUGCAACUAGAUAUAGCCCGGGGCAUCGCUCCCGUGGGAAUUUUGAGAUAAAAUAUAGCCUAUAGCAAUCUUGGAUAAUGUACCUUUCUAAUGGUGAAAGAAUUUUUGAAAUCCCGCCUCAAACAUACAAACUCACAAACGCUUACCUCUUUAUAAUAAUAGUAUAGAUUUAAAAUAUAUUUUAUUGUGCCUCUGCUUUGUUCUAAGUACAGGUACUUCAAUUGCUAGUAAUUUGUAACUCGAAGUAUUACAAUAUUUUUGAAAAUUUUACAACGUUACUGUUAUUGUCAAGUUUAUAAAUAAAUUAUAUACAAUUAUAAAGAGUAUAUAUCUGUACGAAGGUGAUAAUUCAGUAAAAUUAUAUAGUUAUACAUAGGAUAAGGGAAAUUGAUUGAAGCAAGUCACUGGACUUGCGGACUGGCGCUCGACGGCUGAGGAAGAAACCCGAGGAAUACGCUCAGAUGAGAGAGUUAGGAGAACAUUUAAACAUUGAGAAAAUAUUCCUUCAAUCAAAAAGUAAAAGUCAUUGCGCGGUGCAUUCUAAAUCUAUGGUUAAAUAUUAACUGUAAUAUUGUCUCUUUCUGUCAAUAUCAACUAUCGCAACGUGCGUGACAGUGACAAAACACUUAGCAUACAUACUUUAACUUUUUUAUGAUUAAGAUUGCAUGCAAUAUUCUUAAAAACCCAGUAACGAAGCCUUUCAGUGGGUGUUUAUUCAUUUUAUUAUUUUUGUCAAUUUCUUUUAUUUAUUAUAAUAACGGAAAAUUAAUGCUACGCUAGGUAAUUUAUUUUAUUCGUAGAGUAUCUUAAUAUAAAUAGUAGGUGCGUAUAUUGAUAGUAUUGGGCGCACAUUCGAAUAAUUAAAAAGUUAUAGAUUAAUUACCGACCGUGGCGUAGACUUUCGAAUAUAAAUAUGUCAGUGUUACUUGGAAAGCAUAAAGUCAAAUUCAAUUUAAUUUUACAACUAGCGAAGCAGUAAAAUUUUAGGGAUCCGUAUUCAAUUUGAGAAGCGCUGGUGCUGUAAUGGUUAAGUCAAGACGCCCGAUCAAGGUCCCAGGUUCGAAUCCUACUGGUGUCACAUGAGUUACACCAAUCUGACUCAUGUGUAGUAGUUUUCAUCGACCACCACUUGCUUCCGGUGAAGGAAAACAUCGUGAGGAAACCUGCACACUGGUUUAUUAUCAAUUUGUGUGUGAAAUUGAGAAGGCAAUGGCAAACCACUCCAUUGCAACUCCAUUGCACUCCAACCAAACAAUGCCAAGAAAUUUUUUGUGUGUGUUUAUCACCACGCAAUGACCACGACCCUCAACCAUGAGGAAUAAGACUACGAAGAAGAUUUAAUUUGAACAGUUGGUAUAGCCGAGCCCGAAAAUUCGUUUGCGUGCGCGUUUCGAAAUAUGUAACAUAUUUUCUUUCAAAUGAAAUUUCCACAAUCUUUUGAAUAAAACAGAACAAUAAAUUUUUUAUACGGAACCAUAACUGAAACAAGAGUCACUCUUGGCAAUAUCUCGUGCAGUCACUUUAUCUAUUACUUCACUUGCGGAUAAGCCUUUAGAAUGUAUUUCAUAAGUUUAGUAUUGUUUCUGUUCUUUGAAAUUUCUACGUGUAACCUGUGGGAGAAAGGAGUGGUUCAUUAUUCUAUAAAUACAAAGGACUAUGACCCCCACUCCCAGGACGUGAUGAUGGAAACGUUUAGGAAGAUCCAGAGCGCGGUGUGCGUGAAGUUCUUCAACAUGCCCGCGAACCACACCGCGGACAGCCAGCGCGUGCUCUACAUCCACAACCCCAACAGGGAGAAGCUCUGUCCGCCGAGGAGUUACGAUUUUAACAGAACCGUUGUCGACAUGAUAAUCGGCUACAAAUGCGUAAACGAACGGGACAUCGUCCGAUUGAUGGUGGACAUGUUGAAGGCGAGCAUUCACAAAUCUGAAAACAUCGUGAACAGCUACGAUUUAUUGAAGAAAUUUCAAGAAAAGGACAUGCAACCGGAUCAAACGUCAGUGCUGAAUACAAACGACCGGAACUACAUCAACGCCCACUAUUUCCACGAGUGUGGCGGUCUGACGCAACCCAGCGCGCCUUCCAGACGGCGGGUUUACGACGAGGACGCCAGCUCGGAGUACACCCCGCAGAACAGACAGUACUACCAGAACAAAGUGUGGCCGAUGGGUAUAGUCGUUUACAAGGUCGCCCCGAAACUAAGAACGUCGCCCGAUUUCACGGCGCUGGUGAGAGUGAUGCACCUGCUGGAGUCUCAGAGCUGCGUGAUGUUCCAAGAGGCCGCGGUCGAUGAUGUGCUGGACCCGAUGAACGUGGUCAGCUUCGAGGAGGAAGGCGAGAAGUGGCCCAAUCUGGGCUUCCUGGAAGGAGUGCAAACGUUAAAGUUAUCAUCGAUAGCGCGUUGCGAAGACCCUGGGCACUCGUCGCACGCGCUGAUGAUGAUGAUGAGGAUCCUGGGGCUGCCCAUGAUGUCCAACCGCUACGACCGCGACAACUACGUCAAGAUACACUGGAAGAAUGUGCAGAAAGGUGAAGAGCUAUACUUAGAGAAGGCACCGGAAGCGGCGUGGCUGAAGAGUAUCCCCUACGACUUCACCAGCGUGACGCACGCGCCCGCCAACUUCCUGUGUCCGGGCUGUCUCACCACUUACACUGUGGAACCCGUACAGGAUCACCUGUGGCACCGCACGCUAGAGAUAGGUCGCCAGACGCGUCUCUCCGAGAGCGAUAUAAGGUUAAUCAGUGCGGUGUACGCUGAUCAGUGUCAAGCUAGGUACAUACCCGUGCUGAUGCCAGACGACACAGCAAACAAUGACAGAGCCUCAGAAGAUAAUGAAUAUGGCGUCACAGAUCAAUCACAUGGCAAGGAUGGCAGAGACAAAAAAAAGUUGUGCCACAUAAAGGACGAAGAAUACUUUUUCGAACUAAUGCACCAGGCGCCUGACGGACGUUCAGACUGGUCCAUCACUGACUGGGACUAAGUAUCACAUCAAUCUGACUACAGAUGCUUGACACGGCGAUUGAAAUUUGGAAACUUACAAGCAUAGACAAUGGCAAGGAGCUGGCGCAAACAAAUAAGAUGACUAUACUAUACAAUUACCGGCUCUCUCAUACAAAACGUGCAUGAUAUACGUUGCAAAACCGGGCACAAUCAAUCCCAUUUUUUUAUGUAUUUCUAAAACGAGCUUUAUCUUUCUUGUAUGAUGGAAACCAAGAAUAUUAUGAUGUCUAUAGUUAUCUCCGUCUACGACUUCGAAAUGCCAUUUUCUUGUCAAAUUUACUUGACAGCUACGAUACACUCGACACCGGGCCAAUGUUCGGAUAACCUUGUCGAUUUAUAUGAUAUAUACAGGGUUACUGGUAUCCUGACGCAUAACCUUCCAAAGGCGCAUAAGGUACAUAGAGACUAACAUCUUUUUUUCUACGACUUUUGUCUAAACGUAAUAAAUACAAACAUUUUCCUAUUUUUAGUUUUAAUGUCGUUUCUAUAAAACGUUAACCCUAUGCCGUUAACCCGUUACCCUUCCGCUACUGUCUGUCAUGCGUAGAAUCGCAAAUUAAAUUGUAUUUUUUUUUAUAUGAAAACAAAACUACGAAUCACGAAAAGUCGUAGAAUAAAAGUUGCUUGUUUUGAUGCAUCCAGACUCUUUAGGAGGUUUUGUGUUUGAUACCAGUAACCCUGUAGAUAUAGCCGGGUUUUCAUUACGUUACACCUAAAUAAAAGCUCUGAUACAAACUUCGCAAUUUUAAUUCAUUCGCGUGUCGUUAGAGCCUUAACAUUACGCUAUAUUUUUUGUACUAAUU